GCUUUGCUUGUUCCGAUACCGAUGCGCCGUCAGCACCGGAGCAGCGGCCUCAAAGAAGCCGCACUCCAUCCGUUGGACACUCACGUUCCCGCUCAGAUAAUGACGGCGGCAACAGUCUUACGCGAAAAUUGUCUAUUAGUUCACCGUCCAAUCCCCGGACGACCUUGAAGAUGACGCCGAAGAACUCACCGCUCAAGCUCAUCACGGAUUUCCCUGCUCCCGUGGAGGCCAAGGAUCCUAUUCAACGCUCGCAAACCACCUCACCGUCCAGCAGCAUUAUUGCCGGUGUGAACCGCUUCUUCUACGGAGCAUCAGGUCCUUCUCGUUCGGCUACUUCGACUCCGAUCGCCAUGUCCGCCUUGACACCGGUCGACCCGUUCUGGGCCGGGCGCGAUAACUUCCCAAACACCAGAAUGAACAAUGCUAACACCAAGUUGACACCCGUGACUGAGGCUUCACCCUUGGACAAGACUCCGAUCCAACGGUUCGCACACCAGCCGAUGGGACAAAUGGCCAUGGCACCUGCCCCACCGCCACCACCUCCACCGCCUGGCAGAGAAAUAUCUACUCCGAUCAUUACUCGCAACUCUAAUGGCUUCUUCGAGAGUAAGCCGGUGACCCUUGGCGACUUCAACAAGAUGGAACGUGCGCCAACUCCUCCUCAUAACCGCAAUCCGUCGAUCCAACUGAAUCCGCCCAACCACGGUCCGAUCAACCGGAUGCCGACUCCGAAUCUGCGUGUGGCCAGCCCUCCUCCGGAUCCGAUCAUUCGGGCCCAGAGCAGUGCAUCUCUGCGGCCGAAUAAACCGGUGGGUCUACAGAUACAGUUCCCUCCCAUGGACUUUAUACUUCGUGAAGGCACACCUCCGAUCGCCGGUCGUCAGCGAGCGGGUUCACGAGCUUCGCCUCCGAUUCCCGCUGGACAGUUCCAUCGCAAAGAUUCUAAAGACGCGAAAUUCAUCGACCUCAUCGAGAAGGGUAAUAAGAGACUUGACGAUCAACGGGCCUCCCCUCGUCAGAGGAGGGGUUCUCAGGAGCGCACCCGUAGGAUCUCACCUGAGCGAACAUAUCCUCGCAAGAUGAGUGUCGAGAGGGAACCUAGGGGGCGCACCGCCGAAGUGAAGCGCUCGCACAUGAGGUCCCCAUCUAGCCCUCUUCCGUUCUCACCUCAAGCAGCGCUGUACAAGGACGAGCCAAUCCAUGUCGAGAUCGAGCCACAAUACCAGAUUCCGCAGUUUAACGAGCCGCGAUACGACGAGCCUCGGGGACGCAGUGCUGCUAGAGGUUACCCUCGUGCAAGGUCUCCCAGCCCGGUAUCGCCAGAACAAGGUCGUGAUAAUUACGAGGACGAGAGAUACUACACAUCUCCUCGACAGGAAUCUCGUCGUCCGUCUCCAUCUAGGAAUCGCAGCAGAGGAAGGGGUCGCGUUAAGGAGAUCAAGGCGUCGCACGUCCGAUCGCCGUCGAGCCCGCUUCCCUUCACACCCCAGGCAAAGCUUUACCAGGAAAUGUCCGAGGAGGUCGACCGCCAACACGAGGAGGAAGAAUAUCACCGGCAACCUCGACGGACCGCUCAAAGUCAGACCCGGGGCCGCCAACGUAUGGACUCUCGCACUCGCGACCCUCAACCUCAGUUCCAGGGACACGGCCUCCGCCAUUCUAGGUCGGAGCGCACCCUCCGGCAAUGGAGCGACACACUCGAGCGCGGCGACCUCGGCGCUACUGACAACUACACCUUCAACCGUGGCGCUACUCCCACUCCCAGCACUAUGUCCCGUAACUUGUCGAUUCGUGGUCUUCCUUCCAAUCCCAAGGUCUGGCGAGCAGAACUACAGGCGAACUCGCGUGGAAAUUCCCCGGCACCUUCUCGUGGACGUUCCCCACCCCGUAGCAUGUCGGUAGCUCCUGCUCCACCUGCACGUGGCAUGGAACGACACAUGUCUCCAGCGCCCCGGAUGAUGUCUCCUCCACCUCGUGCGAUGGAAAGACAUAUCUCUCCGGGUCCAGGGCAUCGGUUGAGGUCACCAGCUCCACCAUCCCAUCGGACGAUGUCUCCUUCGAUCGGUAUGGGCCGCACCAUGUCGCCGGCUCCGGUCCACCGCGGCUUGACACCGACUCCCUUCGAGAGCGCUCCACGGCCGCCUGUGACACUCGGGAGUCUUUCCAUGGCUUCCUCUCCGGCACCGUCACCCUACGAGAGCAUUUUACCGCCACCGCCACCACCACCUCCGCUACCGGCGAUGGCGAUGGCCAUGGCACCGGCUCCGUACGAGAGCAUCCAGGACAUGCCGCUCCCAGCAAUGGCAAUGUCUCCACCCGAGGCACCCUAUGAGAGUAUUCCAACUCCACGACCCCCGCAGCAGCAGCAGUUCCGCGCCAGGACACCCGCGCCGGCCCCGCCGCCUCCUCAACAGUAUCGCUCGAUGACUCCCGGCCCGCAGUAUAGUCGCUCCAUGUCAACGACUCCAGCACUAUCCCGCUCGAUGACACCAGGACCACAGCCAUCGCAAUUCCGGUCGCGAACCCCAGUACGCGCACCGAGUCGCUCACGUGGCCGUUCCCGCUCCCGCGGCCGAGACGACAACCCGCGCAACCAAUACUACGGCAGUCCCUCGACCAACGAAUACGACAAGCCGCCGCCAUUGCCGAGCGUCGCCCGCAGCAACUCGCACUCGCGCAACAACAGCGAGCCAACAUUCAUCCCGCUCAUCCGCAAGCUGCCGCCGAUGCCGCUUUCUCCGCCACCGCUGCCCAAGGAUUUCCCGGUGCACUCGGCGCUGCAGAUGCAUCUCGAGCCGGGAAAGAAGAAGGAUCCACACGCAAGGGACCGAAGUGUCAGGAGGCACAAUGGGAGUCUCGACAUGACUCCCGAGUCGGACUACGGCUGGGAUAGAGGUGAUCGCGGCGGUGGUCAACGGGGUGUCAGUGGAGAGUACGAUUACCAGGGACAAGACUACCAGGGACAGUAUUCGAAUCCCGAGGCAUACUAUGACGAGAUGAACCAGAUGGAAGAGCAGAUGAGGGCUCGGCGUGCGAUGUCGCCGGCACCGACACUCAAGGGCGCCGGAGGUGUUGGAAUGAUCUAGGAGGGAUGAGGUUUUGCGUAGCGUUUAAUUUUGUUCUUUGUUUUUGUUUCCCUCCAACAUUUGCAUUCAUUCUUCAUUCCUUUGUUUUUGUUUUUGUUUAUUAUUCUUGAGCAUUCA